AUGGCUGAUCAAACUCCUACAUUCAAGCUUGUCCUUGUCGGUGAUGGUGGUACCGGUAAGACUACCUUUGUCAAGCGUCACUUGACUGGUGAAUUCGAAAAGAAGUAUGUUGCCACUCUUGGUGUCGAGGUCCAUCCUCUCAGCUUCCACACUAACUUUGGUGCUAUCAUCUUCAACACCUGGGAUACCGCUGGUCAAGAGAAGUUUGGUGGUCUUCGUGAUGGUUAUUAUAUCGGUGGUCAAUGUGCUAUCAUCAUGUUCGAUGUCACCUCUAGAAUUACCUACAAGAACGUCCCCAACUGGCACCGUGAUCUCGUCCGUGUCUGUGAGAACAUCCCCAUUGUUCUUUGCGGUAACAAGGUCGAUGUUAAGGAGCGUAAGGUAAAGGCCAAGACUAUCACUUUCCACAGAAAGAAGAACUUGCAAUACUACGAUAUCUCUGCCAAGUCCAACUAUAACUUUGAGAAGCCUUUCCUUUGGUUGGCUCGCAAGUUGAUUGGUAACCCCAACUUGGAAUUUGUUGCUGCUCCUGCUCUUGCCCCUGCUGAGGUCCAAGUAGAUCAUCAAUUGAUGCAACAAUACAACAACGAGAUGGAGGAAGCUGCCGCUCAACCCCUUCCCGAGGAAGAUGAUGAUUUGUAA